AUGUGGUUGUUAUAUAGCAGAUAUAUUCACAGUGGUGCAGAAGAACGAAUAACUCUACCAGAAAUGGUUGCUGAUGAAUUUCAAAAAGCUGUGGAAAGUCGUCAAUUAGAACUUCUUGAUUCUUCUAUUGAAAUUGCUUACCAAAUUGUUUAUACUCGACUUCAGUGCGAUUUCGUCGUACCAUUUUGUCAGUCAGAUUGUUUCUUUGGUUAUCUAUGCGGUUCACCACCAAUAACUGUGGACGAAUUAAUCAAUGAAGAAAAAUUAAAUGAAGAGAAACGUUUAAUAUUACCUUCAGCGGAACCAGCAUUUUCGCUUUCUCAGUUCAGAAUGCGUUUAUGGAAAAUAGUGAUGCCAUCUACAUCUGAAGCUUCUAUCGAUUUAUCAUUUGAUCGCCUAAGUGACAUAGAUGCUUAUGAUUCAUUGCCAAAUGAUAAAGCAGAAAUAGCCACUGAAGCAGUGGGUGAUAAGAACUCAGAUUAUUCUCAAUUACUAAACUUUGAUAUGAAUUUUAAAAGCGGUUGUGAAAUUGAGAAUGAAAUCGUAGAUGGGACGUCAUGUGCUUCUUGCAAAGGCGUUGAAUUAGCUGAGCGUCAACCAGACUGUUGUGCUCCCUAUGAAUUCAGUAUUUUCGAUGCACAACGAGAUAUUAAUCGUUGGAUGAUUACCAUUCCUCAUAUUCAACCACGUCGUGAUAAUGGUCGAUUGAGCUAUGUGUAUACUGUGUGUGUAGAAAGAUUUGAUUUAAAUGGUAACGCUUUUGGGUCGGAAAAUUGUUGUUUCAAUAAUUCUCUUAAUAAGAAUAUUGCAGCAUUUUUUUGUGCAAAAUUCCUGUUGCAGUGGUCAGUUACUCGGCGAUAUAAUGAAUUUUAUGUAUUAGAAUCGAAACUGUUAGAAUUCCAUGGUGAUUUGAUAAGAAGUGAUCCUCUUCCUAUUCGAAGACCUUUUAGUGCUAAAAAUCGAAUUUUCAUAGAAAUGCAGCGCCCCAUAUUUGAACGUUUUAUUCAGCUCUUAACGCGUCAGUCGGCUUUAAAAAAGUCGGAUUUGCUUUACACAUUUUUAACAAGCGAUCAAGAACUAAAGGAUAACAUACAACUUUCAGAUUUAAAUCCUUGGAAUAUGGUAAGAAAGGUUCCGAGCAAAUUUACAAGAGAACGGGGGCAGAAUUUGAAACCUUUUAUCCUUUCACUGAUGGCAAAGGCGCUAGCACCUCAAUCCGAAAUUGCUGACUCUGCUUUUGAAUCUUUAUUAUCACGUGGAGAAAAAUCAGAAACAAGGCUGGAGCAUUUAUUAAUAUAUUAUGAAUGUGUUUCAAAACCUCGGAAGUUCUUGCUGAGCACAAUAUUUGGUGAUAAUUGCCCAACCUCAGUGAUCGAUCUCACCACCAGUGGUCAAUAUGUGUUUUGGACUAGAAGUUUCACGGAUUCACUGGCGUUUUUAUUAGAUCAUUUAUUUCUUGUACCACACUGGUUUGCUUCUUUGUUACUUUCAAGUCAAGUACUGUUCGGUAGCGCAAUUGAUAAUAUGAUCUCAACAUUUCUUAAACGAGUAUUAACAACUGCUUUCUUGGAAUCGAACUGUAUUCACUUGAUUCGAUUUAUUCAAGAUUCCUUGUUUUCUGGCGAUUCAGUAACGAGCACAAAUCAGGAGAAAGCUUUACGAGCAGAAUUGGCUCAGCGAUUAAUUUUGGAGUAUCUACAAGAAGAGAUCCCCAGUAAUUUAUUAAAAGCAAUUGGUCAUAAAGAAUUUCGUCGAGGCGUGAUAGCAAUUUUGAGUGCUCUUCAGUAUCCUCGCCUCAAUAAACAACUAUCUUAUGUUUUUCUCGAUAUUUUGGUCGCAAAACUUUUCCAUAUUACUUGUAAUUGA